AUGAGAUGGUGUCGGACUAGAAGAGGAAGAAAUGGAAUCAAUAUUGAUGAAAAGUUGGCAGAUUCAGACUAUAAAAAUGGAGUCAAUGAAAAUAGAGAUGAUGAAGCAAGAAUCAAGGAUGCAUAUGCAUGGUUGGAUGAAAAGGGCCCCAAUAUUUGGUCUACAGCCCAUUUUAGGACUGGAUCGAACUACGAUAUAUUGGUUAAUAAUAUGUGUGAAUAUUUUAAUUCAGUUCUUUUAAAGGUAAGAUCAUUGCCUAUCAUAGGCAUGUUGCAGACUAUUUACUUAUAUUUGUUGAAGAGGAUGGAGAAUAAUAGAGAGACAAUGUCCAAGCAUGAAGGUCUCUUAUGUUCAGCAAUUUUUGACAUUCUUAAGAAGGCCAAGAAAGAGCAAUGCAUGUGCAUCUAUCAUUAUGCUGGGACUGUGAAAUAUCAAAUAUGUUGUCAUUUCAAUGACCAGUUUGUCGUUGAUUUGGGAAGCAAGACUUGCAUUUGUAGAAAAUGGCGAUUAAGGGGAAUCCUAUGUGGCCAUGCAGUUGCUGCUAUUAAUAGGAGACGUGACAAACCAGAAAAAAAUGCUGCAUCCACCUGCUGGAAGAGAACAUACAUGAAGAGUUAUGAACCUAUGUUGAAUCCAAUCAAUGGUCCUAAUCUAUGGAUCCAAGUAGAUUUACCACCAAUGAAUCCUCCAAAUUAUGGGAGAUCACCUGGAAGACCAAAAAGGUGA